GCUCAAUUUCUCUGUUGUGAGUGCUUUAAUUCGAGUGUAUAGAAUCUUGUUCUUCAAUUUCUCUGUUGUUUUGCUCGGUAAUUGAUGGAUAUUUGGGAGCUGUCCCUUUGUUUGUGGACGAUGACGAGACCGCGAUGAUAUCUUCGAUCCAGCUUCGUUUUGGUGAGGAUUUGAGUUAGGAGUUUCAGAUUUCUGGUAGCUAAAGAAGUUACCUAUUGCAAUCCUUCGUUUGUGUUUAGAAAGUGGAUUCUGCGAAUUUGAAGAGUUCAUCCUUCCAUAAACAUCAGCUUCAACAUGGAUCCAAAUGCAAAAAUUGAUCCGACUGUGCAACUGGUGAAAUUGGUCUCUGAUAGACAUCUUGAUCUUUUGAGGCCAUCUGCCCGAAUUUGUUCAAUCUUCAAAGGCCAAGGAAAAGAUUCUUCUGACCAUAUAAGGAGCAAGUACACACUUCUCAGAGAUGUGGAGGAUUCUCAAGUAGGGCUGUACGACAAGCCUCUUCCGUGUUUUGGCUGUGGCAUAGGAUGGUUUUCCUUCCUCCUUGGGUUUUUGUUCCCAGUAAUGUGGUACUAUGCCACGAUUCUGUACUUCUGGAAUUCUCGUCGAGAUCCAAGGGAACGAGCUGGAUUAGCUGCGUCCUCCAUUGCUGCACUUGCAUGUUCGGUCAUCUUGUUAGUCGUCGUAGCUGUUCGCUUAUUAUAGCCCCUCGGUCUCCAUUAUUGACACUGCAUUCUUAAAUCCCUGUCCCCAUGGGCGUUGGGGGCUUGGCAAUGCA